ACGUUCGCUCCGCUGUAGUUCCGUCAUCUCGCUGGUCUCCGAGGCUACGGGGGCCCGAUGUUGAUUUGGGUGAAUACCUGUCGUUGUCGGACCCCGCUGAGGCUAAAAUUUUGCUAAGCUGGUUUUAUUGACAACAAGCGAGACGCUUUCGAUUGAGAACAUUGCUCCCUCUCCGCUGGUAUUGUUGUUUUUAUAGGCUGGGAGAGGUGGUGGAGAGCCGGGGAGGGGAGCUCCGUUCGGCGGGGGCUGCAAGGAGGGUCAGGUGGAGACUGUAUCCUCCGUGUCCAGGCCAGCUGCCUCCGAGCUCAACCCUGAAGCUCCGGCGAAGCCCCAGCUCAACGUGGAUUUAAAUCCGAUGCUGGCCAGCGGCUGCGGGUGACCGUGGGAGGGAGCGAACCCGCUUAUCUAACGUGGCGCCGCAUUAGCAGCUGUCAGGCUACUAAAGAGCAAGACCUCGGAGUGAACGCUCCGUGCUGCUGCUGGAUUCAGGAAAACACCGUCCAGAUCGAGAUUUGACCGACUUGAGGAGGCUGCAGGGCGGCCGGAACGCCGCGGAUUGCCUGUUGACAGGUUGUCAUCAUGGGCAACGCGCCCACGGCAAGAAAGGGCAGCGAGAUGGAAAGCGUCAAGGAAUUCCUUGCUAAAGCCAAAGAGGACUUCCUCAAAAAGUGGGAGAAUCCUGCACAGAACACUGCUAGCCUGGAGCAGUUUGAGAGGUUGAAAACUCUGGGCACGGGCUCAUUUGGUCGUGUUAUGCUGGUGAAGCACAGAGAAACUGGCCAGCAUUACGCCAUGAAGAUCCUCAAUAAGCAGAAGGUGGUGAAGCUCAAGCAGAUAGAGCACACUCUAAACGAGAAGAGGAUUCUUCAGGCUGUCAGCUUUCCAUUCCUCGUGCGCUUAGAGUAUUCAUUCAAGGACAACACUAACCUCUACAUGGUGAUGGAAUACGUACCAGGUGGAGAGAUGUUCUCUCAUCUACGAAGAAUUGGCAGAUUUAGUGAACCACAUGCCCGGUUCUACGCUGCUCAGAUCGUUCUGACUUUUGAGUACCUGCAUGCUUUGGAUCUGAUCUACAGAGACUUGAAACCUGAAAACCUGCUCAUAGACCAGCAGGGCUACAUACAGGUUACAGAUUUUGGCUUUGCCAAACGUGUAAAGGGCCGGACCUGGACAUUGUGUGGCACCCCAGAAUAUCUGGCCCCAGAGAUCAUUCUCAGCAAGGGGUACAACAAAGCGGUGGACUGGUGGGCGCUGGGUGUCCUCGUCUAUGAGAUGGCAGCGGGGUAUCCUCCUUUCUUUGCUGAUCAGCCGAUUCAGAUCUAUGAGAAGAUUGUAUCAGGAAAGGUGCGUUUUCCGUCUCACUUCAGCUCAGACCUGAAGGACCUCCUGAGGAACCUUUUACAGGUGGAUCUGACAAAACGGUACGGGAACCUCAAAAAUGGGGUCAACGACAUCAAAGGACAUAAGUGGUUUGCAACAACUGACUGGAUUGCGAUCUACCAGAAAAAGGUGGAAGCUCCGUUUGUCCCCAAGUUCAAAGGACCAGGCGACACCAGCAACUUUGACGACUAUGAAGAGGAGGAGAUCCGCGUCUCCUUCACUGAGAAAUGUGCCAAGGAGUUUGCUGAAUUCUAGAAUUUGAGAACAAGAGAGGAUAAAGAAGAGAAAGAAUUAGGGAGAGUCACAGGUAGGCUGGUCGAGAAGGAGACGUUAAAAGGAAGUACCGUCUCCUCUCUAAACACAAGCACCAGCUGCAAAAUAAGAAGGGAAAAAUGGAAUAGAGAAGAGAGAGGAGACUGAUAACCAGCAGUGUUGCCUUUUCUGUUGCGUCUCUGUUGUUUUAUUUAUUAUUAUUCUGUCUUAUUUAUGAAUCCCUUUAUAACGAGGCUGUUUCAUGGGUGUCAGGAACCCCACUAACUUAGAUCUGCCUCUACACAUUUUCAUCCAUCUUUCCUUUUUUUUCUUUAAUAGUUUCCUUCAUCUUUAAUUCGUUUUUGUGCCAUGACACGAAGAAAUCAGCCGAUCGGUUACAUGAGCCCAGCAAGUCCACACCAAAAUGUCAUUAUUUAAUCACCUUUUUUUUUAAUUAGUGAGCAGAACACACAACGGUAAGCGCUCGGAUGUUCUGCAGCGUUUAUCCUUUGUUCUUGUAUUUAAAUGCUAACUCUUUCAUAUCAUAAACAAGAUCCUUUUAAGCACGAGGGGCCAAAAGACAAACAGAUGACACAAAUGUUAGUUGUGUAACUCCAUAUAAUGUUACGACCAUUGUUCUACUCAGACUUUGUACAUAUCUGCAGUACUCCAUUUUUAAAUGUCAAUAGAUACUAGUGGCUCCACUGAAACCAUGUACGCUAACAAACAAGGAAAUAUGACUAAAGGAAAGGGUUCGUCUCAGUUUUACCGGUGUUGCUAAAAGAGAAACAGGAACACCACAACAUAAAGGAAACUCAGGUUUGAACAUAUCACAUUUAUCUUGAGAAUCAGCAGGUGGAUCUCUGAGUAUGGAUUUGGAAAUUCAAAGUUUGGGUUCAAAUUUACAGAGCUAAAAAAAAUGGGACUAUUCAGAGUUUUUGUUAGCGUCUUCCACAGUUCUCCCUUCCAGAAGAUUUGGUGUUUUGCUUACUCUGCAAGUCUGUUUUGAUAUAAGCACUUCCUGUUUCAGCUUAAGAUGAGUCUGCUUGUUGAAUCAACCGUUUGGCCCCUGAGUCUGACCCAAAGAGGCCGUCUGAGGUGGACGACCUCACUCGGCUUCUGACUGGUGGUCACCAGUACGAUGUGAAUCAUGUGCUUUACUUUCAUCUUGCUUACCUCUUUCUUUGUACCGAUAAGGAAGCAAGACCACGUUAUGAUGAGUGCAGGUUUUUUCCCUUUUGUAUUUGUUUGACUUGGUGAUUAAACAAGGAUCGGUAUUCUAUUAAAUAAGAUGGGCCUGGUUCACAGAGCUAGAUUUUGAAUUUGUUGGACGACCUUCAAAGUGGCAAAAAAAAAUCACUGAUUUUACAGUUUUGGUGAGUGGUGUGGAGCAGCACGGCAAGAGCUACACACAAACCAACUUCAGUCUCAAGGAUUUCCCAGUCAGACAGGAAAUCUUGCCAAACCUCUCGAGAUAAAACGUGACUUCAAGGUAAACAAACACGGCGGAGAAUGAGUGUGCAAAAUGCUUCUGCCACCUUGCUUUCUGAUUGGCUCAACAUGCAUUCAACAGGCAGCACACUCUUUUGUCCAUAAAAUCUUGGUAAGACAAUCCACCAUGUUCAUUACCCCUAUGUUAUGACAUCCUUCUUCACAGGCCAAAGCAGUCUUAACACACCACACAUGACAGAAAUUUCUGAUAAGAUUAUCAGCAAUCAGACAUGUUCGUAAAGGCCUUGUUCACUGAGUAACUGUAACACUAGAUUUUUUUAGGGAAAGGAAAUAUAUGGGAAAACGAUCAGGUCAGCAAAAGCCUGUUUCGUAAACGUCACAGAGGAAAUUGGCCUCCAUGGCCCCGCCCACGUUGGCUUCCAACCACUCACAGGAAGGCCGUAUUCUUCUUGUGGCCAGCAGAGAGCAGAACGUGUCUCGGCUAGUAGAAGCCAACCAUUAGCAACUAAUGGGUCAUCCCCAUCUGUACCGGGUCGGCCCGGGCCGGGUACCGUAGGUUGUUUACAUAUCUGGGUGGCCUGGUAUUUUUCUGGGCCAACCAAGGCUCAUUCUCAGCCCUCUUCUCGAGGGGGUCUGCUUCAGGCCGACCAGGGCCAACACACCCACUGCUGACAGCAAAUUCACACCUUCCAUUAGAGCAAGCCUCUGAUUGGUGGGUAGAAUCAGCCCACAUGGGCUUAAGGCAAGGAUGUGUGGAAUCAACCGGGCCAGGCUGGGGCCGACUGGGGCUACCCGGCCCGACCCGGUACAGAUGGGAAUGGCCCAUUAGAGUUGCAUUGUGAGCCAAUCAAAGUGAAACGCUUGCAUAUCACAAGUAUUAAUAUCUAAGACUCGUAACCCUACCAUUUUUGCACCCCCCCCCCCCCCCACACACACACACUCCAAACUUCCACCCCCUGAAACCGCAGUACCAGAGCUUUUUUUUUUUUCAUUCUUAAUUUUUUUACAAAAACGAUUCACGAGCAAUCAUUAAGUUAUCACCACAGCAAAUGCAUUUGACACAACAAGUGAAUAAGACGUUAAAGAUUGCUGGAAUGGAAGAAUCGGGUCAUUUAAUCUGCUGUGUGAACCGGGCCUAAGCCUCAGUAAACACAUAGAGGUGAAUGGUGUCGUUGACGAGCUGAACCUCAGGUCUUCAGGGUCUCUUUGGUUGAUAGUUUGAUUGCACAGAGCUUCAUCUGAUGGUCAUUUUGUUAAUUUAGUUCAUUGGAAAUCCAUUGAAAACACAAAAAAUUGUACUGUGGUUUUUAUCUCAGUUUAUUUAAGUUCUGGAGGUUUUUUUUUUAAUUCCUUUAGUUUUCUCUUGUUUAAAACUGCUCAGAAAUGAAACUAAUAUAUAAAUAACAAGCCUUGUUUCAGAAUUACACAUAUGCAAUGUGUAAUUGUUUGUGUGUUCUUUGUGAACUUGAUUGAUUUUUGAAAUGACCCAACAUGAAGGAAUUUGCAUGGGGGGGGGGAUUUUUCCACAAUGGUCCAGAAAUGGGCCCCGGGCCUCACAUUCCCUCAUUCAGCCCCAGCAUUACUGUGGAAAUGUGACUUAGAUUUAAAAAUGGAUUUAUGCAGCACCGCAUCUUAAACAUCUGUAAUGACCUCCUUGGAAACUUACCUUUAAUUGCAGCAAAACAACAAUUUGCAGAAGAGGCUGCAAAGAUCUUUGAUUAAAGUCCAUUAUGGGUCAAACUCCCCCCAAAACUCUUAAUUCUUCACACCUCUUAACCUAUGUGGAUAUUUCUAAAAGCAUAUUGAGGUGCUACAUUUAACGUACACCCAACAGUUAAAAAUAAUCCUACAAUUUAACAUAAUUUUACCAGCAUGUUGUGUAACACGGCCAAUCAGGUUUCAAAUAAAAAAGAACCAAAUUAACUUUACUACUCAUAUAAAAUGACUGGAUGUUGUGCUUCCUUUGACAUUUUACAACUGGUUUAAUUGUAAUAAACAAAAAUGUUGCAGUUAAUCUGGGGCUCACAUUAUAAAUUGGCCUCAUGAUAAUUUGAGGCUAAAAUUCCUUUCAUGUACUAAUUUCCUUAUCAUAUUAAGUGGUUAAGUGCUGAUGAUUGUUUCUACUUCAUCUUUGAGAGAAAUGGCUGAAAAAUCAACAUUUCACUGAUACAUCUGAAGUUAAAUCAGCAGUUGAAUGGUGGGAUGGAUCCGCAGGCUCAUUGAUUAUGGACUAAUAAACCCACCGUUUUCAUCAGCAUUGUUUACAUAUCUUGUUGGGACUUUGCAUUUGCUAUAUUUCCUUCAUGUCAGGUUCAGGAUUAUGGAGCUUCACUUCUGCCACUUGGAGAACAAAAUAGUUAUAUGGGGUGUCAUAAUUGUGAUUUUCAAAAACCCAAGUAUUACCAAAACUUUAUUGUCUUUGAACUUGAAUUGUGGAUGCCCCUUUAAUGGAACAAUAUGACAGGAAAAUUCAUAUUCAUACAUUUCAAAGUAGAAUUGUUAUUUUUCUAAGUCAUAAUUAUGACUCUUUGUUGUAACCGUGUCCCAAAGCAGAUUUUGAAAGUGUGACUUUUAAAAGAGCAAUUAUAACUAUCAAAGUCAUCAUUAUGACAUUAUCCAAUAAUCACACCUUUUAAACCCCUCAAAAGUCAAAAUUAUGAUUUUAAGGUCACAAUUAAAGGACAAACGCUUCUCUCAUUGUAGACAUUCCUCAUGUGGUGUGAAUUUAGAUACAAAUCUUAGUCAUAGGUAUGAUUUUCAAAGUAAUACAAUUAUAUCUGAAAAAUAUGUUUAAAUGCCAUAAUUAUGACUUUACUUAAUAAGACUAUCUUAUAAGGAUUUUAAAAGUCAUAAUGACUUUGAAUCUGGAUUUUAUCUUCAAACCUCUGAACACUGAUUUUGAAAGUCAAAAUUAUGACUUUAUUUACAUUAAUAAAAUUCUAAAACCUGGAUUAGUUUGUUUGUGAUUUUGAAUGGUAAUCUAAAACUUAAAAUACUCAUAUUCAUGACUCGGUAUCCUAUAGUUAUGCAUUUAAGGCAUCAUGGUUUUCAAAGUCAUAAUUAUGAUUUUUAUGAAAUGCAUACGGUAACUAUUAAUUUUAAAGCCAUCACGUCAUAUAUGUGGACUUUUUUUUCCAAGUUGGGGAAAUGGACCUCCAUACAGUAUUGAUUAUCCUGGAGCAAAAAAUGUUUGGAGUUCUGAUGUUAUUGUGUCUCCUCUGUGUUUUUGCAGUGAUACAACUUCCGUUCAAUGCAGGCACAAUGCUGGUACAUAGCCUACUGUCGCGCACUUUUUAAGGAAAUGAGACCCCGAUGUAAAAUCCAUGUUAAUCCCUGCCACAAACUCAACACUCGCGAGACACAGGCGCAAAAAGUGAAGGGUCAAAAGUCACGGGAACGGUGACUAAAAAAAUGAAAAAAAAAACAGGAAGUGUAAUAUUUUGCAACAUGAGUAUCAUUCCAAUAAAGUUUUACUUGUAAAAUUCA